AUGGUAACGAGCUGCCUGCAGGACUCUCUGAUGUUUAUGACCAUCACCGCUGUGAUCUUGAUUGACUCGGGGAGCAAAACCCUUCAGCUGUGCUGCCUCUGUUGCAUUUCUCACGCCACCACUCUCACCGGUGACAGCAUCAGUGAGUUAAGCCAUGAUUAUGUGUUUGUGACACCUGUCAAAGUGGAUUCCAGUGGAUCAUACAUUUCACAUGAUGUUUUGCACAGAACUAGGAGAAAGAGAUCAGCUCAAAGUUCAAAGAGUUCCUUGCACUACAAAUUUUCAGCAUUUGGACAGGAACUUCAUUUAGAACUUAAACCUUCGACCAUUUUAAGCAACAGUUUUGUUGUCCAGGUACUCGGGAAGGAUGGAGUCUCAGAUUCUCAGGAACAUGAAGUUGAGCAGUGUUUCUAUCAGGGAUUUAUAAGGAACGAUAGCACCUCUUCGGUAGCGAUAUCUACAUGUGUAGGCUUGUCAGGUUUAAUAAGGACACAGAAGAUCGAAUUCCUUAUAUCUCCAUUACCUCAGCAGCUAGCAAAGGAGCACAACUACACCUCACCUCCUGGACACCACCCACACGUGUUGUAUAAACGGACAGCAGAAGAGAAGGUGCAUCAGUACACAGUAGAGUCCAAUCCCAAAUACUUUCCCCUUCGUCAUCACAGAACUCACUCUUCCCACAAGUCUCAUGCUCAAGCAAAUGGUUACCACCAUGGAAGGUUUCAAAAGCAACAUUUUUGUGGACGUCGCAAGAAAUAUGCACCGAAACCACCCACAGAAGAGACAUACAUUCGCUCAGAUGAAUAUGGGACUUCUCCAAGGUUCAAAAGAUCAUCUGCUAAAAUUCAGAAAAACGGGAGUCUAAAUGUUGAAACCCUUGUUGUGGCAGAUAAAAAAAUGCUGGAGAAACAUGGCAAGGAAAAUGUAACUACUUAUAUCUUAACAGUUAUGAAUAUGGUUUCCAGUCUAUUUAAAGAUGGAACAAUUGGAAGCGACAUAAAUAUUAUCGUUGUGAGCCUCCUUCUUUUGGAACAAGAGCCUGGUGGAUUAUUGAUUAACCACCAUGCGGACCAGUCUCUGAACAGCUUUUGCCAAUGGCAGUCUGCCCUGGUUGGGAAGAACGGAAAGCGCCAUGACCACGCCAUCCUGCUCACGGGUUUCGAUAUCUGCUCUUGGAAAAAUGAGCCCUGUGAUACUUUAGGAUUUGCCCCUAUUAGUGGCAUGUGCAGUAAAUACCGUAGCUGCACCAUCAAUGAAGAUACUGGCCUUGGACUGGCUUUUACAAUUGCUCAUGAAUCUGGACACAAGUAAGUUAUUUUUCAUGAUUCUUACAGUGCUCCUUGUAGAAAAGCUGAGGGUAAUAUUAUGUCUCCCACCCUCACAGGAAACAAUGGAGUGUUUUCUUGGUCCGUGUGCAGCAGGCAGUAUCUCAACAAAUUUCUCAGUACAGCUCAAGCUGCUUGCCUGAUUGAUGAACCUAAGCAAACAGGACAGUAUAAAUACCCUGACAAGCUGCCAGGGCAGAUCUAUGAUGCUGAUACUCAGUGCAAAUGGCAAUUUGGAAUGAAAGCAAAACUGUGCAACCUCAGCUUUGUAAAGGAUAUUUGCAAGUCUCUCUGGUGUCACAAAGUGGGUCACAGAUGUGAGACAAAGUUCAUGCCAGCAGCAGAAGGAACACCUUGUGGCAUAAAUAUGUGGUGUCGAAGAGGACAGUGUGUCAAAUACGGUGAACAUGGCCCCAAGCCCGUCAAUGGGCAGUGGUCGGCCUGGUCCGAGUGGUCAGAGUGUUCCCGCACUUGUGGAGGUGGGGUCACACAUCAAGAAAGACACUGCAAUAAUCCAAAGUAA